GAAGACGGAGAAGGACUUGCGCGCGGAGGUUCCUAGCGCCGCGGAGGAGGCAAUGGCCGUGGGAGUCUGGGGCUUGCGGCUCUGGCGGGCCGGCCCCGGCGGCGGGGCCGGCUGGAGAUUUAUAGCGACAUCACCUGCUUCUCAACUGUCACCGACCGAACUGACAGAAAUGCAGAAUGAUCUCUUUAACAAAGAGAAAAACAGGCAGCUAUCAUUAACUCCCCGAACUGAGAAGAUUGAAGUUAAGCACGUUGGGAAAUUUGACCCUGGCACUGUCUUUGUCAUGAAUAAAAACAUCUCAACUCCUUAUAGCUGUGCCAUGCAUUUAAGUGAGUGGUACUGCAGGAAGUCCAUUCUGGCUCUUGUGGACGGACAGCCUUGGGACAUGUAUAAGCCUUUGACCAAGUCAUGUGAAAUUAAAUUUCUUACUUUCAAAGAUGAUGAUCCGGGAGAAGUCAAUAAGGCUUAUUGGCGUUCUUGUGCCAUGAUUAUGGGCUGUGUGAUAGAGAGGGCAUUCAAAGAUGAAUAUGUGGUCAGUUUGGUCAGAGCUCCAGAAGUUCCAGUAAUCACUGGAGCCUUCUGCUAUGAUGUAGUUUUGGACAAGAGACUUGAUGAGUGGAUGCCAACAAAAGAGAACCUAUGUUCCUUCACCAAAGAUGCUCGUACUUUAAUUUAUAAGGAUCUUCCAUUUGAAACUCUGGAAGUUGAAGCAAAAGUGGCGUUAGAAAUAUUUCAACACAAUAAGUACAAAUUAGAUUUCAUAGAAGAGAAGGCAUCUCAGAACCCUGAGAGAAUAGUCAAGCUACACAGAUUUGGUGACUUCAUUGAUGUGAGUGAGGGCCCUCUUAUUCCAAGAACAAGUAUUUGUUUCCAGUACGAAGUGUCAGCGGUUCAUAAUCUUCAAGCCACCCAGUCGAGUCUUGUACGAAGAUUCCAGGGUCUCUCUUUACCUGUGCACUUAAGAGCACAUUUUACGAUAUGGAAUAAACUAUUGGAAAGGUCUCGGAAAAUGGUGUUUUUGACAACAGGUGAGUACAUUUCUAUGAAGAAAUUUUCCUUGAAAUUAAGCAACCACUACUACCACAACAACAAAAUAAUAAAGAAAAAAGAAAAGAGAAAGAAAGAAAAAAGUAAUUAGUUGUCUAAAUAGCUAAAGCGGUAUUGUGGUUGUUGACCCUGUUAGUAUUUUGGCAAGAGAAAAGUUGUUAUUUGGCAAUUCUUUUCAUUUUUAUUUGUUAGUAUCAUGGGAAUGAUAUUGUAGAACUUGAAGAAAAAUAAGAAUAUUACUGUAUAGUAGUUGUAGUUCUUAAUGGUUGUAAUGGUGUUAAUUAGGUCUUGAUAAUUUUUUGGUAAACUUAAUGAACAUUUAAAGAUUUGCCAGAUAUGAGUUAAAGCUGCCUCGACAGUUGACAUAUUAAAUAUUCAAAUGUCCUGAAGAACCAAAUUUGAAUACUUGUGCUACUGUCGUUUAUUCUGUGUCACUAGCAUCUAGAUUUCACAAAUAGGAAUGAUUAUAUUUCUUGACCACGAUCAUCCCUGUUCACUCUUUCAGAGACUAAGUGUUAACUUUUUACUUACAUUAUCUGAUAGCUCUCCUGUGUAACCUGGCCUCAUGAACCCUUCCUCAUUACCCUAAGUUUCCACUCUAGUCAAGCUUACAAGUACACAUCAAACUUACUUUCUUGUUUCUUUGUUUUAGUUUACCUUCUUCUGUCACUUCAUUUUUUUCCAGCUUUAUUGAAAUACAGUUGCCAUACAGCAUUGUGUAAUUUUAAGAUAUACUGUGUAAUGAUUUGUUAUAUCUAUGUAUUGCAAAAUGUUUAACACAAUAAGGUUAGUUAACACAUCCAUGAUCUCAGAGAGUUACCUUUUUUUUAUGAUGAGAAGGUUUAAAAUCUCUCUUAGCAACUUUCAAAUACGUAUUGCAUAUUGUUAACUCAAACUUAUGCUCAAGUUUGUGUCUUUAUGACAGUUAUGUCUAGACUCUGUUUCCCAUCCUCCUCCUGUCUGUUUACAUCCUACUCAUUCUGCAAGACCUUGUCCAAAUCGUACCUUCUCCAUGUAACAUUCUCAGAGUAAUCUCUGAACAAAUAUCCAUCCCUGCAAUCUCUGCUUGAUUGUAUCCCUCCUCAUAUUGUUUUCUGAUUAUUUUUGCUAGUACAUUUACAUUGUGUUAACCCAUUCAGGGUUGGUUGUAUACUAUGUGUAAUGCCAGAGUUUGAACACAGCACUUGGCAUAUGGGGGAUUACCCAAUACAUUUUUAGUGAUUAUUUUGCAUGAUGAUGUGUAAACCUAGUCUUUAUCAAUGACUUUACAGAUAGAAUUCACUAUUUAGGCACUUAGCUAUAAUGUUUUUGUGUAAAGGUGAUAUAAAUUUUCUUUUUCUCAUGAGAAGAAAGUGUUUUUGAAUAGAGAGAGUAACUUUGUCUCUUUGGUUGGUCACAAUGUCCAUUUUAGAUUAAGAAACUAGAGAAAAAAAUGAGUCUAUAAGAAAUGUAGAAAAAUAGUAGAGACAGUAACCUAGAGUAGUAUCUAGUAGAAAUCAGUGAGUAGCUGUUUUUGCAACAUUUAUUUUGGUUCAGUUUCCUUCUUCCACUGUUUGUUUGCUCGUCUAAAGGGAGUAGGUUAAACAUAUGCUUCAUUGAUUUAACUACACAGACUUAUUGAAUGUUUGUUAUGUGCCAGCAACAGUGGGUAUAGUAAUGAACACAAUCUUCUUGCUGUCCUCAAGGAAGUUACUUGAACAGGAUAACUAGACUUAGAAGCAGACAAUUCAGGUGUACAUGUGGGGCUCUGGCAUAAAGAAGAGAAGGACCCAAACCAAGCUGGGAGGGGUUGGUUAAGGAAGCUUCCCAGGAAUUGAUGUUUCUUAAGCUGGUUUUAAGCUACUCGCCUAAGAGGUGUGGAGGAAUGGAGUGUGUGGUGAAUGUAAGAUGAAUCUGGAUGUACAGUCACAUGUAGGGUGGGUGAUGAGUCCAGAUUAGUUUGUUGGAAAUAGAAUAUGAGGGGCUUGUCUUCCAUGAUGUGGAAUUUGCAUUCCCCUCCUGAAGGUGAUUGGAGGUAACUGGAGAAUUUGAAUAAGGAAAUGACAGGUAACUGGAGAAUUUGAAUAAGGAAGUGACCUAUUGGUAAACUAUUCCUGUGUAAAAGCUCAUUCUGGGGGCAGCAUGGAAGAUAACUGUGACUUAAGCCAUAGUAGAUGAUGAGAUCCUGAAGUUCCGGCAGGGCAGUGAAAAUGGCUGUGAGAGUUACUUAGGUGGGACUAAUAGGACUGUUGAUUAAAUAUGCAGGUAAGAGAACUGUGGAUUCUCUCAUGCCAGGCUUGGGCACCUGGAUAAAGCCGUUCACUGAAAUAGAUAAUGCAGGAAGUAGGGCAGGUUUUGGGGGUGAUGAGGGAUACAGUUUAGCUCUGUUUGUUUGCUAUGUCUGAGUGACAUAUAAUAGAAAUAUUAACAUACAGAUAUCUGUUUCUACUAAACCUGUAUUAUACUGUAUUCAAAGUAGAAUUAUUGAUUUUUUUCAACAAGAUAGAUUGAUUUAAAAUACCUUGUUGCAGCACUGCUGAUAUUUUUCUUAAACUAAUGAUUUCAUUUUAUAGAUGAAAAAUAAAAUGACCAUCUUGAGAAGCCUAGAUAUAUGCCUCAGUGUAUUUUUAAUGGAAUUGUUGUACUUGGUAAUUUAUAUUGGGAACUUGGUCUUGUAAGUUUUCUUCUCUUUCUACUUAACUUUCUAUAAUAAUUACUAUUGAAGGAGAAAGACAAAGACAGGGUCAUUAUAAGAGAAAGGCUGUGCAGUGAUUUUAAAUGGUGGGUGAAGGGUAAAACUAAAAGUGU